AUGCCUGCUGUUACUAUAAAGUCUGCCUCUCCGGAGACGACCGCCGGUUCGGGGAGUGAACCGGGCAGGAUCAGCAAACGCAAGCUGUCCCGCACAAGCACGCGCAAAGUGCGAAGCGGCUGUGUCACCUGCAAGAAACGUCACAUAAAAUGCGACGAGGCGAAACCGCAUUGCAGCAACUGCCUCCAAAGCCGAGGGCACUGUGAGGGCUACCUCGUCAACCCGAAGAGGAAAGCUUUGGGGCCCACGGAGAUCUGCUGGAACUCCAAGCAAGUCGUCCGCCAGGCCCCGUCGCCGAUGACGCAGGCCAAGCUGGGCACCAACACCCGAGAUUUUCGGCACGAUGCCGGUCUGCUCUAUUUUGAGGAGUUUGUCUGCCUACUCAGGGGCCCUUGGAUGAGCGCGGCAUCCAGCGGCGACUUGUGGGUGGUCACGUUGCCUCAAAUCUGUCGCAACAACAGCACGCUCCGCUCCGCCGCCAUGGCUAUAGGUGCGCUGAGCGUGUGGUACCGCCAGUCCGCCUUCGCGUCGCUCCGCGCCGUGACGGUACCGGAUCAGCCGACUGUCGAGGGGGACGCCCACUACUUUCAGGCCGUCACUUACUACUGCGACUCCCUCAUGUUGCAGAGAAGGCGGUCCUCCGCGCAGGAUGCUAUAUUCUUGUCCGUACUCUUGCUCUUCUUCGAGACCCUCCGCGGAAACAGGGUGGCUGCCUUGGAUCAUGUUAACCACGCGCUGUCCCUGCUGCUGGCCAUCAUGACGGAUACGGACGCCCAGCUCUAUCUGUCCGACUUGGCGCCUGACCCGAAGCCGGUCAUCGGCGCAGUAGCAGAAGUCUUUAAUCAGCUGGCUAGACAGGCCCGCACCGUCUUCCGAGGGAGGAUACUCGACGGACCGACUCUCCCCAACCUAGCAAGGGGCUUGAAGAGCAAGAAGCAAACCAUGGAGUCCUUCAUGGUCCUCCUAAGCCAGAUGCGGAGCGAUUGGGCUCUCGAAAGCCCGGUACCGCCCGUCUUCAGGAGUCUGAAUGAGUUCGAACAGACCUGGCCCACUCUGCGACGUCACCAGGCUGCGAUAAACGCCAUCAUGGAAGACGCCAUCCAGAACUCCAACAUCCGCCGCUUUCACGACGACAACUCUAUCUCGAAGUUCCAUUCUGAGCUGCUCGGCAGCCCUAGCAUCAGGGAGUACUGUGUCAGCUUUCAAAAGUCCAUGGACAAGCUGGACGCCGCGUUUCAACCCCUAUUCGCGAACAUCCUCUCGUCCGACAUCGAGUCACCGACCUAUCUCCGAGCGAUCCUCCUGCGCCUGGAGUUCUUGGGAGUCUACAUAUUCAACAACCCAGCCUCCUUUCUCGGAUUCGACUCUGUUGUGUUGCUGACGCCCCUGUUCCGCCAAUACAUUUCCCUCAGCCACAUCGCGCUGAGAAUGGCCAAGGAGGAAUCCCGGAAGAAUCCGGCACACCACCUGUCCCUGCAGCGCGGGCUGGCGUGGCACCUGCUCGUCACGUCGCUCUUCAGCCGGGACCCCGUCGUCCGCGACGAGGCCGUCUUGAUGUUGAGGGACUACCCGGGCCAGGACGGGCUGCUGAACACCCGCGUGUUGUACGCUUUGGCCCUGAGAAACCGGCAUAUUGAGCGCCUCAACGUCGUGGAUGGAACGCCCGACGAGCAGUGGCGGCGGCUGUGGCGGCGGGAGUUCGUGUUCGAGGACGGCGGUGACCGCGUCGUGCUACGGUACAUGGAAAAGGACGAAUCGGCGGGGGCAUGGCGUCUGGUGGAGGAAGCGGCCGACGUCGAAGGAGAGGGCGAGAUCAUGCAGUGGACGCGACAACCGAUCACGGGGCAUGGCGGCUUGCUCAUUUUGGACCUGUAUGCGAUGUCCAACCACGUAGACUGA